GGGCUGAAACCAAACUGAACUCCUAUUUGACAGUUAAAGAAUAAAAUAUUGCGAGUAUUAGACUUUUAAAUUUGGCGCGAAUUUUUCCCGACGCCAACCUGCUGUUGACGUAUUUUUUUGGUUAGCCCAUCCGCCAGGUUUCCAAAGAAAUGGAUCAAAUAAAAGUGUUUGACGAUAAAUUCAAAGAUCUGACAUCCGAGAAAGUGUCGCCUGUGGCACUCGAUGGUAAUGAAGAUGACGAUUUGACCGAUUGCAAUAAAAAGAGAGAAUGGCAAGCUGCGAAUCCAAAUCAUCACUCGUGUUCCUUCUGUAGGGUAGAAUUUCCUGAUAUAGCGGCACAGAGAGAACAUUAUAAGCUAGAUUGGCACAGAUAUAAUUUAAAACAAAAUUUAUUAAAUCGUGAACCCGUAAAUGAGGAAGAAUUUAACGUGAAACUUGCAGAUGACCUCUCGAGUAUUUCUGGUUCGGAUUCGGAAAAAGAGGAUGUGACCAUCGAAAGUCUGGCAACAGCACAAGGAAAAAUCUUCUUACGGGGUGGUCCAAAUGGUGUUAUAUUCUCGUUAUAUAGAUGCUUAUUGGCUGAAAAGAAGGUGGAGAUUGAAGAAGGUAAUUUGCAAAAGCAAUUGCAUGGAUUGAGGGAAUCUAAAAAAUGGACUAUAUUAAUGUUGGGUGGCGGACAUUUUGCGGGGGCCAUCUUCGAUGGGGAGGUCGCAAGGAUUCACAAAACUUUUCACUGCUAUACGGUAAGAGCAGGCCAGGGUGGUUCGCAAAGCUCGAGGGAUAAUAAAAACGCGAGUUCCGCUCCGAAGAGCGCGGGCGCUUCUUUGAGGAGGUACAAUGAAACAGCCCUAAUUCAACACGUGGGUGAUAUAAUUGAAACCUGGAAAGAAGACUUAGAAGCCAGCAGUUUGAUUUUUAUACGAGCAGCUGGUCCUUAUAAUAAAUCAGUGUUGUUUGGCGGAAAAAAUCCGUUACUUGAAAGGAGUAAUCCACGGAUAAGGACAAUUCCCUUCUCGACUAGAAGAGCAACGUUCACUGAAGUAAAGCGAGUACAUUCUAUACUAUCUACAAUAUACUGUUACAAUUCAACAGAGGAUGCGACCAAACAAUUCAUCAAACAGAAAUCGCCUAAUCACCAUAGGAGUAAAGGAAAGAAUACUUCAAUAAAUAGAGCGAAAUCGCGCGAGAACAUUCAGCGUCCAUUACCCACGGAAAUCAUAUACUCAGAGGAAGAGAAGAUCGGUGGUUUAAUAGCUGAGGACGUAGAAAUUUCUUUUACAGAUAUUUUACAGCCUUUCGAAGAAACGGAAAGGAGAAAGAAGCGAUUGCCGAAGAAGAAAGAACCAGAAAAGAAGAAAGGCAAAACAAAAGCAGAGAAACUUCAAGAGCAAGAGAUUCAGCGUAAGCGAGAAGUACGGGAAACUAUUAGAGAUGGAAACUUGGAUAAACUUAAAAAUAUUUACAAAAGCUAUGAAGAUUUCGAUGUCAAGUUGCACGAAGCACUUGACGAACUGGGAAACUGCGCUCUUCAUGUCUCCGCUAUGCACGAUCGUCUUGAAAUACUAAGUUAUUUGCUUGAAAAUGGCGCUAACUUGUGCUCAAAGAACAACAAACAGCAAACACCCUACAGCUGUUCUCAAAUAAAAAAUGUUCGAGAUUACUUCAAAUUAUACGCCAUCGAACAUCCAGAUAAGUUUAAUUAUAACAAAGCGCAGAUUCCAACACCACAACCGAGCGAUUUGAGUCCUGAAGAGUUGGCAGAGAAGAAGAGAUUGCAGCGGAAAUGUAAACGCGAUAAGGAGAAAGAAAAGAAAAAGGAGAAGAUUGUUGUCAUGAAAGAGCGGGUCGAGCAGGAUAGAUUUGCGAAUUUGAGUGAUCGCGAAAAGAGAGCGCUGGCUGCCGAACGUCGAAUCCUCAGUCAGUCUGGUGAAGUCAUCUCGCGUUGUUUUCUGUGCGGCUCCAACAUCGCUGGAAAGGUGCCCUUCGAGUAUAUGGCUAACAGAUUUUGUACUAUCGAUUGUCUGAAAGCGCACAGAAUGAAGAGCCCCCUUACACUUUCGUAAUAAAAACGUUAAAAUAAA